CUGGGUUUGUGUAAGAUUUGUUCUUGUUUCGGAUGGGCACGAGUUUGUGAAGCAGCGUGGAGCAAUUCUUCUUUUGAUGACUCUUCCAACGGUGUUCGCUUGAUUCUGUUGCUGACAGUUACUGAUAAAGAUGAACCUCCUGGUACAAUACAUCAUAGUUGCUGUUGCAUUUUUUAUUAGUGUGUUUUCCUUCGAUAUUUCAAUGAAAGGUGAUGCAUGCUCGACUUUCGAUCAGUGCAGUGUCACUAACCUGUUUAGAACUUGUAGUUGUGAUUCUGAUUGCCAUAUAUAUGGAACAUGUUGCAUCGAUGCAGAACAGUUUCCUCUAGUGUCCACAACUGAGCAACACUUCCAGUGUAAAUCCGACAGAAUAACAACUCCCGUCUUCGCCAAGAGGGCAUGCGCGGAGAAUUAUGCAGGCAGUACUGACGACAAGCAUCGGUGCACUGAAACAGAAGAGGAGGAUAAAGCUGAUAUUAUACCAAAUUGGAUGGUUACUAAUACAAGGACAGGAGUGACAUACUGGAAUAAACAAUGCGCUCUUUGUAAUAACGAAAAAGAGGAUGAUUUAGAAUACUGGACAUUACAAGUUACUUGCCCAUCCAAGCACGGCGGGAAGAAGUUUGAUGAGAACUACAUUAAGAAACAUUUAUUAUUCGACUUGAAAGAAGAUGAAUGGGGCUUGUGGGUAGAGGAAGAUUUUAUACCAUGUUUCAUCCGAUUCUUUCAACCAGGUGAUAUGGCAGGAAAGUUAGAAUACUGUGCUUCGAACAUGAUAUCUGCAUGUCCACAUAAUUAUACGAAUGAAGACGUAAUUCGUAAGUGCUCCAACUAUUAUGGAGAAAGGAAAGAGAAGAAUUCAGACGUAUAUUAUAAAAAUGUUCAUUGUGCUUUGUGCAAUGGAAAAACGUUGAAAGAAUUGGACUGCGCUGGUCGCAAUUACAAGCCUACUGGACUGAUAUCUGGUUACGAUAUAAUACGAAUUACUUUUGGAUCAGGCCGUUGGCUGAACAAGGAGGGUGUUGAAAAGUACAAAUGCAGUAAAACUUUCUACUACGAUCCAUUUCUCAAGCGAUGCAGGCGAUUGUAUGACUCAUUAAGCAGUAUGGAAGAUGAAACUACAAAUGCUGCCCAAACUGUUGCUGUUCAUGCAUUUAUAUACAUAUCAAUUUUCUUUAUUAAUAAAUUUUUGUUAUGUUUUUUCCUAUAGAUUUAGCAAAAAAAAAGUAAAACUUUCUAUGUAUUACAUGUUUCAGAAUUGAUGCAGAAGAUAAUGUGGUUCAUUAAGCUGCACGGAAGAUGAAGCAGUGAAUUCUCCCUAAACUCUUACUGUUAAAAUAUUUUCAGUUCUUUUGUAAAUAAAUAUUUUUAACUUUA